AUGGACUCCAGCUCCGAGUUCCUGUCCCUGGACCCCCCCGCCGCCGCCGCCGCCCCGCCGCCGCCGCCGCCGGCCCGGACUCUCCGGACCCCGCGGAGCCCCCGGAGCCCGCGGAGCCCCCGGAGCCCCCGGGCGGGGCGGGCGGAGCGAGGGGCCGCCUCCGCGGAUCGUUCUCUGGGUAAAGAAGUCAAAAACUUCAAUACGCACUGGCUAAGAUCAUUGAAGAAAAACGGUCAACACUCUUCAGAUUCCAGCUUUGACAAGAAUACGGAGUUAUCAAGUGAAAAUAACAUUAACGGAAGGCACUUUACCAGGCAAACUGCCAGGUUACAGGCUGUCAAAAAAAAUGAAGAUCGCAAAGAAGACAAAGUCGGAGCUUCAGAGAAUCUCCACGAAGAGAAUGGCGACGUGGAAGUUCGCCGAAGUUGCAGGAUCAGAAGUCGCUACAGUUCGAUGAACCAGUCCGUGCUGUUUGACAAACUUAUAACAAACACCGCAGAAGCCGUACUUCAGAAGAUGGAUGACAUGAAGAAGAUGCGUAGACGUCGAAUGAUAGACUUGGAAGACUUAGGAGUGUUCAAUGACGCGGAAGAAGAAAAUCUAGAUAUGUACUCUAGAGGAAAACAGAAAAGCGUUCAAAGAACGGAUGAAGAAACCACUGAUAAUCAAGAGGGCAGUGAAGAGUCUUCUGAAGAAGGUGAAGAUCAGGAAGAUGAGGAUGAAGACGGAGGAGAUAAUCAGAAGCGUUAUGACCUCCGGCAGAGAAAAGCCACUGUACUUUACCAGGCGCCAUUGGCAAAACCCCAGCAUCAGAGGAAACGCAACAUGUUUUAUCGUGUCCCAGCCUCUCCUGAAAGACAACGAUAUCGGUUUGGUUCUGCAGGACCAAGAAGUCCCUACUGUAAAAGGAUGAACCGACGAAGACAUGCCAUCCACAAUAGCGAUUCUACAUCUUCCUCCUCUUCGGACGAUGAGCAACAAUUUGAGAGGCGAAGGAAAAGAAGCCGCAAUAUAGCCAUAAGCAGAUGCCUGCCACUGAAUUUUCGGAAAGAUGACUUAAAAGGAAUUCAUAAAGACCGGAUGAAGAUUGGAGCAAGUUUAGCUGAUGUUGAUCCAAUGCAAAUUGAUUCUUCAGUACGAUUUGAUAGCGUUGGAGGGCUCUCUAAUCAUAUUUCAGCGCUCAAGGAGAUGGUGGUUUUUCCAUUGCUUUAUCCAGAGGUCUUCGAAAGAUUUAAAAUUCAGCCUCCAAGGGGUUGCUUGUUCUACGGCCCUCCGGGUACCGGAAAAACCCUGGUUGCCAGGGCCUUGGCCAACGAGUGCAGUCGGGGUGAUAAAAGAGUAGCCUUCUUCAUGAGAAAAGGCGCUGAUUGUCUGAGUAAAUGGGUAGGAGAGUCUGAGCGGCAACUGCGCCUGUUAUUUGAUCAGGCUUAUCAGAUGCGCCCUUCCAUCAUCUUUUUCGAUGAGAUUGACGGCCUGGCUCCCGUCCGAUCAAGCCGGCAAGAUCAAAUUCACAGUUCCAUCGUGUCUACCUUACUGGCCCUUAUGGACGGAUUGGACAGUCGGGGAGAAAUCGUGGUCAUCGGGGCUACCAAUCGGCUGGAUUCUAUCGAUCCUGCUCUGCGAAGGCCCGGCCGCUUUGACAGAGAAUUCCUUUUCAAUUUGCCAGAUAAAGAUGCUCGAAAAGAAAUUCUGAAGAUUCACACGAGAGAUUGGAAUCCUAAACCACUGGACCUCUUCCUUGACGAACUGGCAGAAAAAUGUGUUGGGUACUGUGGUGCAGAUAUCAAGUCCAUCUGCGCUGAGGCCGCUCUGUGUGCUCUACGUAGGCGUUAUCCUCAGAUAUACACAAGCAGUGAAAAGCUGCAGUUGGAUCUCUCUUCCAUCAGCAUCACAGCGAAGGAUUUUCUGGUCGCCAUGCACAAGAUCGUUCCUGCCUCCCAAAGAGCCGUGACUUCACCCGGGCAGGCCCUCUCUGCCAUCGUGAAACCUCUCCUCGGACGUACAGUUAAUGAGAUCUUAGGGGCUCUACGAAGAGUUUUCCCCCAUGCAGAGCUUGGGAUAAAGAAAGGACAGGAAUCAGAUUUCUUGGGUCCUCUCUUGGAAAGCGACUUAGCCUAUAGUGACGAAGAAACUCUACCAGUAUGUGAAAAUGGACUCUCUCAGAAAACCUUGAAUAGGCAUAAAGAACAACUUAAUUUCCUUAAUUUUAAUAGGAAUGCCAGGCACCAACCUACAUCUUUCCGACCAAGGAUCUUGAUAGUGGGAGAGCCAGGAUUUGGGCAGGGGUCUCACCUAGCACCGGCUGUAAUUCACGCUUUGGAAAAAUUGACAGUAUACACGCUGGACCUUCCUGUUCUUUUUGGAGUAAACGCCACAUCUCCCGAGGAAACAUGUGCACAGAUGAUUCGCGAAGCUAAGAGGACAGCACCCAGUAUAGUGUACGUUCCACAUAUUCACUUAUGGUGGGAGACCGUCACACUCACCCUCAAAGCUACUUUUACGACGUUGCUGCAAAACAUCCCAUCUUUUGCUCCCGUUUUGCUGCUCGCCACUUCAGACGAGCGCUAUUGUAACCUUCCAGGAGAGGUUCAGGAAUUAUUUGUUAAAGAUUACGGAGAGGUGUACAACGUCCGGUUGCCUGGUAAAGAAGAAAGAACAACAUUUUUUGAGGAUCUGAUUCUUAAUCAAGCUGCUAAGCCUCCAGCGUCAAGGAAGAAAGCAGUUAUGCAGGCAUUGGAAGUUCUACCCGUGGCCCCACUUCCUGAGCCAAGGCAACUGACAGCAGAGGAAGUGAAACGGCUCGAGGAACAAGAAGAAGAUACGUUUCGGGAACUUCGGAUUUUUUUAAGGAAUGUCACCCAUAGGCUUGCUGUCGACAAACGCUUCCGAGUGUUUACCAAGCCUGUUGACCCUGAUGAGGUUCCUGACUACGUUACUGUAAUCAAGCAGCCGAUGGAUCUUUCGUCUGUUAUCAGUAAAAUCGACCUUCACAAAUACUUGACUGCCAAGGACUACCUGCGAGAUAUCGAUCUGAUCUGCAGUAACGCUUUGGAGUACAAUCCAGACAGAGAUCCCGGAGAUCGCCUCAUCAGACACAGGGCUUGUACUCUAAGGGACACAGCAUAUGCAAUAAUUAAAGAAGAACUGGAUGAAGACUUUGAAGUGCUUUGUGAAGAAAUUCAGGAGUCUCGCAAGAAAAGAGGUUGCAGCUCUUCCAAGUACGCACCCUCCUACUAUUAUGUGAUGCCGAAAGGAAACCCCACGUCAGAGGGGAAAAGAUCAGACACCGAGCCAAGUGAAAAACUGAAAAUGCCUAAUGCACCUUUGGCCUGUAGCACUCCUUCCAUUCAUACAGCCCAAGCAAAGAGGAAAAUUCGCAGAAAGAGUAAGUGGUACUUUGGUACCAUAACCAAACGGAGGAGAAUUUCCCAGGCCAAAGAUGACAGCAGAAAUACAGAGGAUGACAAAAUGGAGAGCGAUGGUGGUGAUCAGGAAAACCACAACACAAGUUUGGAUCCCACGGAAACUGAAGCCACUGGGGAUUCUUCAGUCGAAGAAGGUGGAAAGCAGCAAAACAGCACCGAAAAUGAAAAGGGUGAAGAAAACAUAAACAGUAAGGCGGCUUACGACAAGACUUCGAUUGGUCCCAACAAGGAAAAAGCGGAGUUGAGAAGAGAGAACCUGGCCUGUAAUGGAGACGGUGCCAGUUCUCAAACAGAAAAUUCUGAAGAGAGUGAAGCAAAAGAAACGUGUGUUGUUCGGAUGACUCGCGCCCGCCGUUCCCAAGUUGAGCAGCAGCAGCUCAUAGAUAUUAAGAAGGCCAUGGUGCUUCUCUCCGAGCCCACCCCGCAACUGACGGUAGACCACGAGCGGCUGAAAUUUCUACUGAAAAUUGUCAUUGAGAAAAGUAAAGGCUACAAUGUGUUUCAGCUGGAAAAAUUGUAUGCGAUAAUCAGCCAGUGCAUUUAUCAACACCGCAAAGACUAUGACAAGACACAGCUAAUUCAGAAUCUGGAGCAAGAAGUCAAAAACUUUAAUUGUUCAAAAUUAUGAGAUCCUAAGAAAAUGGAGCAGUCUUUAAAUUCUGCCUUUUUUUUUUUUUACAAUUUGUUAAUUUUUGCCAGGUCUGUAUAACUAGUCAAGAUCAU